AUGCCCAUAGGCGCGACAGAUUUAUUCAGGAGUACUAACUCAGCUCCUCUUCUACUUACGCCCUCAGUGGUGAAGGAGGCUAGCAAAAGGAAUGGCGACAAAACUGAUAUACUGGGCUAUAAAGGUAAUGCAAUGAGACCUUAUAAACAACUAACUGAUAAGGAGCUUGAAGAUAAAAGAAGGAAGGGGUUGUGUUUUGUAUGUGACGAAAAGUAUUUUUCAGGCCACCAAUACAAGGGUAAACAAAUGUAUAAACUGGAGGUGUAUUCAAAAGAUGUAUUGGCAGCAGAAGAUAUUGAAGAUAACAAGGGGAAGAAGCAGAGCAAGCGGAAGAAGAGAGCAUCAGUUGUAUGCCAAGAGAAGCAAGUGUUCCUUGCUAUGAAGAAGAUUGAAUAUUUGGGUCACAUGAAAAAUAGUUUCGGAUGGAAUGAUGAUAGUGAAGUAGUAUUCAAUAGACUGAAGUUGGCGAUGAUCAGUGCACCUUUAUUGGCUUUACCGAAUUUCAGUGAGGAGUUUGUGAUAGAGACAGAUGCUAGUGAUUAUGGAGUAGGAGAAGUGCUACUACAAGCAGGAAAGCCUAUAGCAUUUAUGAACAAAGCUUUAUCUGGUCAGAACUUGUUGCUAUCCAUAUAUGAAAAAGAGAUGCUUGCAGUGGUAAUGGCUGUGCAAAAAUAG